GCUCCAAUCAUCACAUCACAUAAUUUCAUGUCAGACAAUUACACAAAGACAAAGAAAGACAAACAUCAAAAUGUCUUUUUAGGCCAACAUGCUUAUAUUCAUAAAACAGCAAGGUUACAACCAAUCCGCGCAGAAACAACAGGAGAGCAUUAGAGAAUACAACCUUGUUGAAACUCUGCAGAAAACACCUUCAACAAGAAAUAACUAAGUAUCUGAAAGUCCCUGCAUAUGGAACCGAAACCGCCUACCACCAAGAAACCAGCGACGACCAGACGUGCACCGGAGAUCCAUUGGAACCGGAAUGCACCAUCACCCAUGGGCUUUUUGGCUCGAUGAAGAGGGCCAGCGCGAACACCCAAGCCCAUGUCUUUGUGGCGCGUGGACCAUGAAUAUUUUAUGUGCUUUCCCGAUCUCGAAUCUGCCAGAACAAACUGGUCUCAUCGGUGAACGGCACUGGUUCCGCCUUGCAACAACCACUUGUCCAGUUCGAGCAGGGUCGGAACCUCGCACGAGCCAACGUUGCCAUCAACUAGUAGGACAAUCGCCAGGCAUGGUUCUGAAACAAACUUCACUAACUCCACCAUUACGACGGAGGAGAUGCCGCAACAACAGGGUCGGAGACGAAGGAAACAUACCCUGAUGCAGCUGUCGUCAUCGCCUCACCGGUAGCACCCGAACACACUAGAUCUGACACCCCAUAUGAUUGACAGAAGACAAAGCCCGUGAACUCAUUAUUGUCACGAACGCCGUCGAGGUGUUGCCGGAGUUGGAAAAGAUUUAUUCGACACAACACUUGCUGCUGCCGCUGAACAUACCGACUCUAACCUAACUACGACGCGGAAGUGGAGGACCAGGCCCCCCUCCCUCCUGCCGCCGGAGCAGCAAGCGAAGGGAGAAGGGACCAACUACCUCGCCGUCGUAGAUCGGAAGAGGCGGAGUGUUCCCUAACUGCCUCACUCGUGGGAGAGAAGGGCCACAAGAGGAAAACUUUAUAUAUUGUGUACUACAAACAUCAAAAUGUUGAGUAAACACCGCAACACCAUUACACCACGUAGCAGCACAACGCAGCACAGUAGCACACAGGACGGUAGCAAGCGGCAAGCCGCUGGUGACUGUAGCGAGCCUGUGUGGGCUGGGCCGAGAAAACGGCCUGCAGGCCCACCUUCUGCCAAAGCCCGGGGCGGCGACCUUCAAAUACCUCGCUUUGGCGCCCAGCGUAACCGCCUCAACCAACAGCCUUCGCCUCGCACGCCGUCGCCGAAGCCCCAGCAAACCAAGAACCUCUCAUCCCCACCGCCCUCCACCGCGCAGCGCCCACCUCCUCCGCCCUCCAGCGCCGGCGACCGAUGGAUCAGUUCCACGACCGGCACCACGUGCGGCUGCGGAGCCGCGCGCUCGGCGGGUACCUCCACGCCGCCGACGACGGGGAGAGCGUCGUCCUCCGCCGGGGCCGUGCCUCGCUGAACGCGGCGUGGGCGGUGCACCUCCGCCCAGGCGGAGGCCGCGGCGUGCACCUUCUCCUGCACAGCGCCGCCUACGGCCGCUACCUCGCCGCCAACACGACCGCGCCGGCGCCGCCCGGCCACCGCUGCUCCCGCGCCGAGCAGCGCGACUACGACCAUCCGGUGGUUCCGGACAUCAUGUGGGAGGCCAUCAGGGCGGGUUCCCAGGGCGACGUCCUGCUCCGCACCGUCGGCGGCCACUACCUCCGCGCCAACGGCAGGUACCGCCGCUGGAAAACCGGCGUCAGCGUCGACGGCGACUACAUCACCACCAUGGCGCGCUGGGCUGUCGAGCGCAUCCCCCGCAGAGAGGGCGCGCCUGCCCUUCCACCCCCGAUUCCGAUCCGCGUCCAGGGGCGCCUCUCCGGGAUCAUCUUCGGGCGUCAAGAGCGGGAGGCAUGGCGGACGAUCCGGUUCUUCACCGAGAACGGCUUUUCCCAGGGGCUGUACCCGGAGAACGGCUGGCACGAGUUCCCGUUCCUCGGGAGGUCCGUCUUCCACCUGAGCGAGGAACUGAACAUUCGCGUCGGCGUCCUCAACGGGAGGCCUGCCCCGCGGCUUCGUCAUGUGGUGCCUUCUUUCGGGGUGGAGGACCUGCCCGACGGCUUCGUCAUGUGCGUCCGAGCCGGCCGCCACGGGCGGCUCACUCCGCUCGUCGUCGACCUGCCCCACGGCGGCGACGGCGACACCCUCGAGAUUAUCGUCGCGCUCUCCGGGACCCAAGUCUAUCAUGAGCUGCGACACCCGGAUGUCGACGCACGUGGAGAAAGAUCGGAGCAGGAGUCCUGAAAGUUCACCUGUUCACAAGUUUCGCCGCCAGCGGAUGCAAUGACAGCAGAACUGGACACCUACUUUUGCCUAUAGGUAGAUAAUACAGUAUAGGUAGAGAAAACUUGGCAACACUCGUGUUUCUUCUGCUAGCUAAAUUUGCUCUGGUCCUCUGACAGGGCGUGGGUAACCCCUGUCAUUUUUUGUCCUCCAGUGGCUGAACAAUUUUGUAGUGAUGCUGAUCAUAGUAGUCGCUGCAGUGUCGCUCUUUUGACAUUCAUCACCGUGAUGUGAUUGCCACUGCUUAGUGGACGAUGAUUUCACUGUAGGGUUUCCUGCAAUGAGUUGAUGAUCCUGCAACUUUUUUCAG